AUGCACCACCACCUCUCGGCCGUCGCCGUCACGGCCGCACUCGUCGCGCUCUACCACAACUUUGUCGCCCCGCACGUCGCGCGCCCGUCGCUGAAACUCACGUACUUUGAUGCCCCCGGACGCGCCGAACUCUCGCGUCUCGUGCUGUCCGCAGGGAACGUCUCGUUCGAAGACGAGCGCCUGAGCCGCGACGCCUUUCGGGCCAUCAAGUCCUCGCUGCCCCUCGGCCAAGUGCCCGUGCUCGAAAUCGACGGCACGACGUACAGCCAGAGCAUGGCGAUCGCCCGGUACGCGGCCAAACUCAGUGGGCUGUACCCCCGCGAGCCGCUCGCGGCGCUGCGGGUCGAUAUGGUGUCCGAGUCGCUCGUCGACGUGCGGUCGCUGCUGGCGGAGAUCGCCUACAAGACGCCGGACGAGGCGCUCAAGGCCGAGAAGACCGCCACGUUGCUGCAGGAGCUCGUGCCCAAGACGCUGACGCUGCUGGAGCGACUCGUGCAGCGGCCGUUCGUGCUGGGCCACGAGCUGACGUACGCCGACGUGCAGCUCUUUGAUCUCGUGCACAACGGACUGCACCAGUACCCGACGUUUUCACUGGCAGCGUACCCCCACUUGACGACGCUCGUGGCCAACGUCGAGGCGAAUGCCAAUGUGGCGGCGUACUUGGCCAAGCACAAAGGCGCGUGA